AUGCUGGUACAUCAUAAUAAACCAAAGGAAUAUAGCACACUGACAAGGGUGGAUCUAGACCUUCAUGACUUUGAAAUGAACGAAAUGAAAAGUGAAUUAACAAAACAUUAUGGUGCGAAUUUCGUCUCGUCUCUUCAAAAAGCCAAUUCUGAACAAAAUUCAAAACAAUAUCGAUGGUUAGAACAAUGCUAUGAAAUAGUUAUAUCUGCGAAAAUCGAUAAUAAUAAUAGUGGUGAUAUACCAGUUAUUCCAAUUGAUGGAGGUUCAGAUGCUGGUAUGUUUUGUGUAGUCGGCGCUCAAUUCGAUCCAUCUCGUAUUAUUUAUCAUCGCUCUACUACCAUUUCUAAUAAUAAUGAUAAUACUAAUAACAAUAAUUCGAAAUCAAUGGAACCGGGUGAUAUAAUCUUAGCUGUUGAUGGUUAUGAACUCUCAGGUUAUACGAAACGUGAUGCUAUUACAUUAUGUAAUGCUUGUCUACAAUCUCAUUCACAUGUUCGAUUGCAUCUUAGUCCACCUCAUGCAUUAGUCACAAGUAGUACAAUGUUGUCAAGCUUUUUGGCCAUUUCAUUUGCAAUGGACUCAUCAGAGUAUGCCCUUCAAGAAAAAAUACGAGAGAAUGUUUAUCAACGUGUAGUACCUUGUACAACUAGAUUACCCAGAGCAGAAGAAGUAGAUGGAGUUCAUUAUCGUUUUAUGAAUGUACCUCAAUUUCUUGCACUUGAACGUAGUGGACAAUUAUUAGAAAGUGGAAUGUAUAAAGGUAAUCAUUAUGGUACACCUCGACCAGACCCUAAUUCUACCGCUUUAGAUCCUGUAUUUUUAGAACAAUUCCAAUUAUCCUCUACAGACAUUUCACAAAUCAGUGAUGAUGCAUGUAGGAUCCCACCGCCAUUGGCACCACUAAGCUCAUUUAAUACAUUUGCAAUGCAUGCUACCACUACUGCUUCGGGGACUAAUGGCAGUAACAUUACUACUACCAGUAGUAGUAGUAGUAGCAGUAAUAAUAACUCUAGUAUUGGUGUAAAAUUAAAUGAUCCAUUACAACAAUUACCAACAUGUUCUCCACCACCGCCUCCACCAAUUCGCAAUUCAUCAAUUACAAAAAAUUCUAAUAUUGUCUGUAAUACUAAUAAUAUUAAUAUUAAUCAUGGUAAAGCAUCGACUAAUCUGUUAACUUUAUGCACAACUGAAAAUUAUCUGACAAAAACAAUCGAUAACAACAAUAACAAUACACAGUUAAAUGGAUUAAAUGAAUUGAAUGGUAAAUUGUACCUACCACGUCCAAAAUUUUCGAAUGAUGAAGCUAGUCUAUGGUCACCCAGUGAAAUACAUCUAGUGGAUGAUCAUAAAACAACCGCGUUGUCCACAGCAUCAACAACAAUGUCAGUUGCUGCCAAUACUAUUACUAUUACAACUACUACCAAUACUAAUACUACUAAUAUGAAUACCACUACUAUGUCUAACCAUGUCAAUACGUCGAUGACCAAUGGUUGUUCACUCAUUGAAAGUUUCUGUGAUCAAACAGCUUAUUCAGUGGAUAAAUUAGAUCAAAUUGGUGAACAUGUAUUACCAUAUGGUUGGGAAAUUGUGCAAGAUAUAAAAUAUGGUACAUUUUACAUUGAUCAUAUUAAUAAACAUACACAAUAUGAACCGCCAACAGUUGAAGAUUUUCAAUUAGGUGAAAAAGUACGCAUGAAGUAUUUAUCACAAUUUGAUACAAUUCAUCAUAAAACUAAAACUAAUACUACUAUCAAUAAUAAUCAUAAUAUCAUCAAAAAUGUAAAUAAUGAUGUUAACGCCAAUAAUAAUCAUGAUGAUAGUCAGAAUGAAUUAGGCUCAUCAUCCAUUAAUGAUAAUGGACGUAUAACUCCUGUGACAUUUUGUUCCGAUUUAAAACAAUUACGAGGUCCACUGAUUAAUACAGUUUUAGUGAAAAGUCCACGUGGUUUUGGAUUUACAAUUAUCGGUGGUUCCGAUUGUAAUCGGUCGGCAUUUUUACAAGUGAAACAUCUUGUCCCAGGUGGUCCAGCUUCAUUGAAUAGCCAAUUAGCUGUUGGUGAUGUUAUGGUUAGCGUGAAUGGGACAAAUGUUCUCGGUUAUACACAUUCUCAAUUGGUAUCAUUAUUCCAGUCAAUCCCAGUUGGAGCUAGUAUUAAUUUACUAGUGUCGCAAGGUUAUCGAUUACGGAGAGAAAUUGGUAGUGAUCCGCCAACACAUUUUAAUGGUUCAGUAUCCGGUAAUCAUCUUGGUGCGACAGGUUUUGUAUCCGGUGUGAUUGAUAUUUCUGCUCAGAGUACUUUAAACAAUCUGAAACUCGGUGAGGAUACGUUAGAUAAUCUACCAUUGACGGAGUUACAUCUAGUUAAUUCAUCAAGGAAUUCCGGUGUAAUCUCUUCACAUUCUUCGAUUUCACCAACACCACCGCCAUCAGCAUCAUCAUCGUCUAAUAAUGGUAAUUCAUCUCAAGAGCUACUUGCAGUACGUUCUAGUCCGUCUAAUUUAAGUGGUGGUAGCUGUGUUGGAAAGUUGCGUAAUUCACAAAGGCCGGAAUUCUUAAAGGUGUCAAUUUUUAAACAAACCAAUGGUUUCGGCUUUACUUUAGCUGAUCAUAUCCAAGGUCAACAUGUGAAAGCUAUCUCAGAUCCAGUAAGAUGUGGUCGCUUACGUGUUGGUGAUGUCAUUGUAGAAAUUAAUGAUCAACGUGUAAAAGAUAUGCCACAUGUGGAAGUAGUUCAAAUAUUGAAACAAUGUCCAGUUGGUAAAGAAGCAAGAUUACUUGUUCAACGUGGUGGUUUGUAUACCUCCCCGUUAUCAUUACUGGAUACUGAAUUGCUUGAAAUGAAUUCAUUAAAUUUCAAUGAACAGCGUUAUCGUGGGAACAUAGCUAAUCAUCAGUAUAUAAAUGACUUUCAUGUUAAAUCAACUGACCAACAGUCAAACACAUCAAUAAUCGGUGUUUUCCCCUCUUCUCCACCCACUGAUGUUAUUGUUAAUAGUAAUGCCAUAAAUACCACUACUAUUAAUAAUAAUAAUUUGAGUAUUAUUUAUGCUACUCCUCAACCUCAACGAAAUCAUCUUUCUUCCAGAAUUGGUUACCAUCAUCGAACUUCCGGUAGUACAGGAGAAAAUAGUAUUUCUUCAAGUAGUUCGUCGCAUAUACGUGCACAAACCCCCGAUCCAUAUGUGGAUAGGCGUUUAGGCUUAGAUAGUCCUAAUCAUCAAUAUCAUCAGCGUCACUAUCAACAUUCGUAUCAAAAUGAACCGUCCGAUUUAAUUAGUCGGUCAAAUUUCAACCAAACAGAUUAUAUUCAUCAUUCCAAUAAUAACAAUGGCAACAUUAAUAAUAACAUGGGUUUAUCUGUGAUUUCGGAUCGACGCCGACGAGUACAUCCCGUUGAUGAUAGCGUUGUUGGUUUAAAUAAGGAUAACUUUUCACCCGAAUCACCUAAUUCAUCAACAACUUAUGGUUCAUUACUUCGACCUGGACGUAUGCUUCCAUUACGUCAUUCACAAUCAUCCGUAUCUAACAGACCAAACAGUAAUAUUGUCAGAUCAGCAACAGCGGUAACGACGUCAGCAAUGACAUCCUCAACAGCGCCAUUGUGUAUGCUUCCUGGGGAGUUCCUUGUACAUUUAAAGCGUCAGUCAACUGGUUUUGGAUUUAACCUAGUCGGUGGAGCUGAAGAAAAUACUCAGGUAUCUAUCGGUGCUCUGCGUAUGGGUGGUUCAGCUCAACUUAGUGAAGUUGUACGUACUGGAGACAAGUUAAUAUCAAUCGAUGGUGUACGUGUUAUUGGAGCAACACAUGCAGAAGUUGUAGAAUUAUUAGAUAGAGCUGCACAUACUGUUGGUCAAGUUACAUUGGGUUUACAAAGAGGAAAGGUUGAAAUUGACAAUCUCAAUUCACACUCUUCAUCGGAACCAGUUGAUGUUGUCAUAUCACGAAGUGAAAAAUCUGAUGGAUUUGGUUUCUUUUUGACUAAUACCAAACCAAUUCACAAUCCAUUAAAUGAACAUUCAAAUGCUAUUGUUGUGAAUCGUAAUAACAGCAAUAAUAAUAAUCUUCAGAAUACAGAAUAUAUUGCUCAAAUUGUUCCUGGCAGUCAAGCUGAACGUAUGGGUCUGUUGUCUGUUGGCGAUCAGAUAUUAGCUGUAAAUGGUAUUCCAACAUGUGGACUACAUCAUGAUGAAGUAGUUCGUUUGAUUCGAGAAAGUGGUAAUCACAUAGCUUUGAAAAUUUUGCCAUAUUCAGGUUCAGCUUCACGUGGACGUAAACAUCCUUUGCCAAUGAGAGAUUCAGUUGAAUUUCCGGUUACAUUAUUUCGUGGAAGUAGAGGUUUUGGUUUCUCCAUUCGUGGUGGACAAGAAUUUAAUCGUAUGCCACUAGUUGUAUUACGUAUUGCAGACGGUGGUGCUGCUCAAAUGGAUGGUCAUUUAAAGGUUGGUGAUGAAUUAGUUGAAAUCAAUGGUUAUUCAACUAUUGGUAUGUCACAUGGACAAGCUAUUGAAAUCAUACAACGUGGCGGAAAUACUAUGCGUUUAAUUGUUCGACGUCGUUCUCCACGUGUUAAACAAUCAUUAGAACAACAAAUGUCAAAUGGUUUAACUCGUGUUAUUGAUAGUCGUACAAAUGCAGAUAAACAAUCACAUCGACUUAGUUUUAACAAACAUGAUUCUUCAUUAAAUUGGUUUCAACGUACUAUAUUAGAUAAAAAUCAUUCCUCAUCUCAUUUUAAUCAAUCUCAAAGAAGAAAUGAAGUGCUCAGAUGGACCGUUCGUAAAUAA